UACAAUGGCAUUCAAAUUCGUAACUUUCGCUGCACUUUUGGCUAUUGCCAAUGCUGGAGUACUUCCAGUUCAAUAUGGAUACGCACCAACUCAAUACGUCCAUCAAUCAGCCCCAUUGUUGUACACCGCUCCAGUAACCAAGACCUUGGUGAAGCACGUGGACACUGAAUUCGACCAUCAUCCUCAAUACAGCUUCAACUACGGAGUCCAGGAUCCCCUAACUGGUGACUCUAAAUCCCAACAUGAAGUGAGAAACGGCGAUGCUGUCAAAGGAAGCUACAGUCUUGUUGAAGCUGACGGAACUCGUCGUGUUGUUCACUACACCGCUGACGAUGUCAAUGGAUUCAACGCCGUUGUUGAAAAAGAACCCGCCCAUUACGCAGUUAAAACCGUCACUCCAGUAGUCCAUGCUCCAGUAGUACAUACACCAGUCGUACAUGCUGCGCCAGUUUACGCUGCAGCUCCAGUUGCAUACAAACAACACGUCGCUUACUCCAACGUUUUGGCCAAUACUGGUGUCGCAACUUUAGCUAUUGCUGGAGCUGCAUAUGCCGCAGGUGCUGCCUUCAGUGUACUGAUGGGCAACAGGUGCAGCGUAAGAUGUGGCGUAGACUGGGGCAGCUUUGUAUGCUACUGGUGCAGCAUGGUAAACUGGAGCAGCUUUGUAUGCAUAAGCUGGAGCAUGAACUACUGGUGCAACAGUUUUGACAGCAACAGCAGCCGGUUGUUUUUCCACAACAGCGUUGAAUCCGUUGACGUCAUCAGCGGUGUAAUGAACAACGCGACGAGUUCCGUCGGCUUCAACGAGACUGUAGCUGCCUUCAACGACAUCACCGUGACGCGUUUCCUGUUGGGUCUUGGCAUCGCCAGUCAGACUGUCAUGGACAUUGUAAGAGAAAUUGUACUCAGGAUGGGGGUCGUAUUCCGUGUCUACGGUUUUGGUGACAACCGCCUUAGCUACGGGCGCUGCGUAGGCAAGGGGUGUUCCAUGUGCGUAGUGUCCGUACUGACCGUAGGUCAAUUCGUAACUUUCGCUGCACUUUUGGCUAUUGCCAAUGCUGGAGUACUUCCAGUUCAAUAUGGAUACGCACCAACUCAAUACGUCCAUCAAUCAGCCCCAUUGUUGUACACCGCUCCAGUAACCAAGACCUUGGUGAAGCACGUGGACACUGAAUUCGACCAUCAUCCUCAAUACAGCUUCAACUACGGAGUCCAGGAUCCUCUAACUGGUGACUCUAAAUCCCAACAUGAAGUGAGAAACGGCGAUGCUGUCAAAGGAAGCUACAGUCUUGUUGAAGCUGACGGAACUCGUCGUGUUGUUCAUUACACCGCUGACGAUGUCAAUGGAUUCAACGCCGUUGUUGAAAAAGAACCCGCCCAUUACGCAGUUAAAACCGUCACUCCAGUAGUCCAUGCUCCAGUAGUACACACACCAGUGGUACAUGCUGCGCCAGUUUAUGCUGCAGCUCCAGUUGCAUACAAACAACACGUCGCUUACUCCAACGGUUACGAUCACUCUGCAUACAACCAUUACUAAUUGUGAAAUUGUUUAUUAUACAUUUUGAUAAUGUCUUUUU